AUGUUCUCGACGCUCACACCAAGCGCCAUCGACGAUAUUUUGCGACAGUCGAGUGUCCAGUUCGGCGUGAACACGACGAGCACUGCAGUGGCCGCCGCCGUCGCUGCAAUCGCGCCGCCACAACAGCCAACAGGACACGGUCGAGGACGCCGCAAAAAUUCGACGGUCAAUCUGAUAUGCGUCGUGUGCGGCGAUCAGGCAUUCGGCAAACAUUACGGCGUCAACGCAUGCAACGGAUGUAAAGGGUUCUUUCGUCGAAGCGUUUGGAACAAUCGACAAUAUUUGUGUCGAUUCGAAGGCCGAUGCGCCAUUGCCAAAGAGCAUCGCAACGUGUGCCGCGCGUGUCGCCUCAAGCAAUGCUUCAUCGCCGGCAUGAAUCCGCGCGCGGUGCAAUCGGAGCGCGAGCAACGCGGCGGCAACGAGCAGCCGCAAGAUCUUGAAGACGACGACUACAAUCAGAUGUCGCCCGACAGAUGUUCGGUCGAGAUUCAGACGGAAACCGGCGAGAUUCGAAUGGACACGUCGGUGCCGCUGCCGAUGAUCGACGCCGAGCUCACGCGAUGCUCCGAGCAGCUCGUCGAAAUGCAUCGAGCCGUCUGCGCCAUGUGCGACGUCAAACAAGAGCCAAAUAAUGAGCCAAUGGCUUCUACCCGAGUAUCGUUCAUGAACGCCUUCUACAAUCCAUCGAUGAUGUCAAGAAGGACACCGCUUCAAAUCACCGGCGAGCGAAUCGCCACCAUCAAAGACGUCAUGGAAGAAUGGCGUCGAAAUUUCGUGUUGUUCUCCGAUUGGCUUCGCGCGCUUCCCGAAUUCAAUCAGCUCGAGAUCAACGAUCAAAUCGUGCUCGCCAAAAAUCGCUACGGUCCGUUCCAUUGGUGGCUGUGCGCGAAUUGGACGGUGAAAGCCGGCUGCGACGGCGUCUGCUACACGAACGGCUCGUAUUUUCCGAGCUCGCGCGAGCUUCAAUGUCUGCCCGACGUGCGCGGCUCGACGCGCCGAAUGCUCGACUCGCUGAGCGCGCCGAUAAGCGAACUGCAGCUCGACGAGACUGAAGUCGUGCUCAUGCUUGCUGUCAUUUUAUUUAGCGAUGAACUCGCCGAUCUCUCGCCGGCCGGCAAAGAGCACGUCCGAACCGUUGGCAAUCAUUUUGUGAAAAUGCUUCAUCAUCAUAUCAGGAAUAAAGAUUACGGCGAGACGCAUGACGCCGACCCGCAUUCGGCGACGGACUCGGCUGCCGCGGUGCGCAUCGGAAAAAUGAUGAUACUGCUGUCGGCGACGACGAAUCUCGUCUUCCUCACCUCCGAUAAUAUUCAGCUCAACGAUGUCCUUCACGUGGUGCCCACCGAAUUUCUGUCUCAGGAAGUCCAACUACUCAAGGAAUCGCUUGAAACGAUACCGAGCGAAUCGCUCGAUUAUAGAAUAGGAAUUGAUGAAUUGGAGAAGGUUUGCAUCAAAAUCAAGGCGAAUUUGCGAAAAUCGAUGAGAAGCGGCGCUCGCGAGGGAAUUCUGCGAAUGUUGAGCGUCGACGAGUUUCGCGAUUUGCGCGAAGCGACUCGCAUCGAGACGCCGAAACAAGACGACGCGAGAAUCGGCGAGGAGAUCGUCGUGAAAUCGAUAAAAGCGGUAAAAGAGGACCAUCCGGAGCCGCCGAGGCCCCACGGGAUACCGAAACUCGACGUGCGCAAUCUACGCGACACGCAGGAAUCGGCCAGCGACGACAAUUAUUCGUUCAAAUCCGGCGAUCCAAUUCCGAGUCCGUUCGGCGGUCUGCCGCAAAUCAAAACGCCGCGCUCCGACGACACCGAAAAACGUUUGGCAAUUCUCAUGAAUCGCCUUGAGAUCGCCGAGAAGCGAAACCGAGAAUUUGAGGCGUCGCGUCGAGACGAGCCGACGACGAUCGCGUCGAGACCGAUUCGGCCGAGAUUCGUCGAUAGCGGUGUCCAAACCGACGAUCAACCCGACAAACGCGAUGGCGUCGCGCAAACCGAAUGUCCGAUUGGUGUGGCGAUGAUCGACGCGGGGUCGCAGAAGACUCCAAGGAUUCUGGAGGAUGACGACGACGACAUUCCAUCAACGUCAAGAACCGAGCUCAGCGACGGUGAAAUUCGCCUAACAUCCAAAUUGGUGCCGAUCAUUGGGAUGUCGUCGCGACGAGUCGCCGACACUCGCGAUUCGCAAGUGCAGACGAGCGCGCGAACGCCAAGAGUCGACGAGUUCGACGAGGUCGGCACACAAGUGUCGUCGGCGCGCCUUCGACAAUAUCCCGAAACGAAUAUUCUGAUUCUGUCGUCGAAAGCCGAUCCGAAAAUGAUUGUCGACGAUCGCACACUGUCAGUCAGCUCUAUUGACACCGCUGCCGGCGCGAGUCCGCUCUCAUUCGAAUCGAGUCUGAAUUUGGCGAGAUGGAAUCAAGUGUACGCCACGAAGCAUGGUGGUGGUGAUUCGCGCCAAUCGAAAAAUGACACGCGAAUGUACGCCAACGCGCAAUCAUCGUCGGCAUCUGAAGCCGACGACGAAUCGAAACCCAACUCGAACUGA